CAAGAGCCUAGCGCCGCUGCUAUUGGCCUUCAUCGAGCAGCGCGUUGAUGACGCGCGACAAAAAUAGGAAGUGGGCCCUACGGAAGCUGGUGUGGGUCGUAAAGGGUGCGGGUUCGGAGCCGUUUCCUGUGCGGAGGGAAUGAAUGGGCGCUGGGAGCAGUCCUGGGAGGUGCUGAUGUCACUGCCUUAGGGGAGAGCGUUAGUGUGUGAGCGGCCGGGGUUGGGCCGCCCUCCCGCACCAUGGAGGAUGAUGCGCCGGUGAUCUACGGGCUGGAGUUCCAGGCACGUGCUUUAACACCUCAAACUGCCGAAACAGAUGCCAUUCGGUUUUUGGUUGGGACGCAGUCUCUUAAAUAUGAUAAUCAGAUCCACAUCAUAGAUUUUGAUGAUGAGAAUAACAUUAUAAAUAAAAACGUCCUCCUCCAUCAAGUGGGUGAGAUCUGGCACAUCAGCACCAGCCCUGCAGAUAAAGGUGUGCUGGCCACCUGCUACAACAGAACUUCAGACAGUCGAGUCCUGACAUGUGCAGCCGUGUGGAGGAUGCCGAAGGAAUUGGAAUCAGGCAGCCACGAGUCCCCUGAUGAUUCAUCAAGCACCGCACAGACCCUGGAGCUGCUCUGUCACCUUGACAACACAGCCCAUGGCAACAUGGCCUGUGUCGUGUGGGAGCCCAUGGGAGACGGCAAGAAGGUGAUCUCGCUGGCCGACAACCACAUCCUGCUGUGGGACUUACAGGAGAGCUCCAGCCAGGCCGUGCUGGCCGGCUCGGCGUCCCUGGAAGGCAAGGGGCAGCUGAGGUUCACCUCGGGACGGUGGAGCCCGCACCACAACUGCACGCAGGUGGCCACGGCCAGCGACACCACGCUCCGCGGCUGGGACACGCGCAGCAUGAGCCAGGUCUACUGCAUCGAGAACGCCCACGGCCAGCUGGUGCGGGACCUCGACUUCAACCCCAACAAGCAGUACUACUUGGCGAGCUGCGGGGACGACUGCAAGGUGAAGUUCUGGGACACCCGGAAUGUCACGGAGCCCGUGAAGACCCUGGAGGAGCACUCCCACUGGGUGUGGAACGUGCGCUACAACCACUCGCACGACCAGCUGGUCCUCACGGGCAGCAGCGACAGCCGGGUCAUCCUCUCCAACAUGGUGUCCAUCUCCUCGGAGCCCUUCGGCCACUUGGUGGACGACGACGACGUCAGUGACCAGGAGGACCACCAACCCGAGGAGAAGAGUAAGGAGCCGCUGCAGGACAACGUCAUCGCCACCUACGAGGAGCACGAGGACAGCGUGUACGCCGUGGAGUGGUCCUCCGCCGACCCCUGGCUCUUUGCCUCCCUGAGCUACGACGGGAGGCUGGUCAUCAACCGCGUGCCUCGCGCCCUGAAGUACCACAUCCUGCUCUAGCGCCGGUCCCUGCUGUGCCCUCUCGGCAGGGCCGUGGUGAUCUGCAGCUGUUCGGAGGGGAUUAGUUUUCCAGAUGGAUCCCACUCCGGAGAACCAGCGCUGCCUCCCCCCGAUGUGAGCGCCAAUUCCCGACGGUGGCGCUUCCGCCACGCUGCUCCGUGUCCCUCCGCUAUCGGUGCGGGGGUCUCACUGUCACAUGUUAACUCGUCUUUCCCUUGAGGCAGAGGAAUAAAAGGAGCCCACGCCGCGCA